CAGCGCUGUUGGCAAUGCUGUCAGUUUCUUAGAAAAUUUCUCAUAAUAAACUUGUGUACGGUGUGCGUGUUUCAUCAAAAUCUUUCGUUUUCGCGAGCUUCCAUUCAUUGAAGUGGAUAAAUGUUUAAACCAAAUUUGAGGUUUGAUCAAAAUUUUACAGGAAGACCGAAGAUGUGCAGAUAAAUAAUAGCAUCUCAUAGAAAAAGUGUACUCAACAGAGUGAAGAACGUGUUGUGCAGUGGAACUUUUGAUUUAUUGCUGUGCUUUGAUUUGGUUUUCAAGUGGGAGGAGCACAAACUCGGCAAUAUUCCCAAAAAAGGCAAGCUUCAAAAUAUUAACUAAAUAAAAAAUUGAGGUAGUGGAAAAUAUAAGAGAGCUCUGGAAAACCACUAAUUCUAGCUAAUUUUAUCAUAGAACGCAUAGCGCCCUGCUUAAAGUUAAAGUUAUAAAUAAUGUCUGCGCGCAAUUACUAUGAAAUUUUGAAGACCUCGCCAACAGCAAGCUUCGAAGAGCUGCGUCGUAAUUACAAACAAUUAAUUCUACAAUGUCAUCCGGAUAAAUUACAACAUUAUAACACCAUCAGCAUUAGCACAACAACAACUACUUCGAAUUUUGAUAAUACCAUCAGCGCGACUAAUGAUGCUGCGUCCACUUCUGCAGCUACUGUUGACCCAAUUGUCGAAAACCCAACGGCUAUGUAUUCAGAUCAGCACAGUAGAGAAUUUGUUGCCAUAAAUGAAGCAUGGAAUACACUCAAAGAUCCUACAAAACGACGCCUCUACGAUGCCGAAUUGUUGUUGACAAAGCUCCAGGCCCACAGUAAUAUUUUUGCGCGUUUAACGCUAGCGGACAUGAAACGUUGUGCCGCCACAACAACAACAAACGAUGACAGUGGCAGUGACAAUGGCGAAUAUAAUGGCGACAGCGAGAGCACCGGUGCUAAGGGUGGCACAUAUUGGUACUAUACAUAUGAUUGCCGAUGUGGCGGUCAGUAUAUAGUCGAUGAGUCAGUGGAUAGUGAAAUACUCAACAGUAACCGCAACCACAACGCCGCUAACAACGACCAGAUGCAAACACAAACAGGAGAAGAACAACUAAUACAACAAAAACAAAAACGUUACGAUAAUGGCAUCGAUAAGCCAAGUAGUCAAGCAGCCGCUGACAGUGGGGCUGUGAGUGGAUCUACAGCGAUUUGUAGCAGCAGCAACAACAAAGGCAGUGAAACGACUGGUUAUGAUGAAGACAUUCUGAAUGCUGGCGCUGCUGAUGGCGACGAUGGUGAAGUGCUUGUCGAAUGCAGUGAAUGUUCUCUGGUGAUCGUACUGGUUUAAACACACGAAAUGUGUACUGCUGUCGUGGAUUGUCUUUCGACACAAUACGGCACAAAUAAAUAUUGUAUUUAUAAAAAUAAGCAAAUAAUUGUGCAAAGGAAAAAUAAAUAAAAUUAUGAAUAACAAUGCGAUGAUUAUUGCGUUCACGAACACCGCUAGCACCAUUACCAAUCAGCACAUGCCAGACAAAAGAUGCGAAAGUCAGCAAAAGAAACAGAACAGAACUGAAAUUGCUUGAGCUGCACACGAACAUUCAAAUACAUAUAGAUUAGUGUAUGGCAAUUAAAAGCUUUGCAUUAAAAAGUUAUUUUCGUUGAUGUUAAAAAAAUGUGCGACAUUCAUAUUUUUUGUACUGCUUAUAACAAUAAAGUAAAUUUUAUAGUCCUUUGUGCGAAACGCUGCAAAUAA